AUGCACAGUUCCUUUCUGAAUCACUAUUCAAAGGUUGUAAGCAUGCUGUCUUUUGCCUUUGUGACUGUGCUUACUUUGAUCUCGAUCUUCAGAACUCAUGCCGAGAUGCCGAAGGCAUUCAAAGUUGCUGCAAUUUUGCUGCUGCUUCUGUCACUAUGCCUCAUAAGGUACAUAGCAACAGUGCUCCAUUUCAAGGGCUAUGCAUGGAUGGGAUAUAUACUUGCCCUCCACGGGUCGCUGCUCUUCGUGCUUGUCCUUGGAGCAAGAGAAGGUUCUUACAAGUAA